AUGUCUACCUACCUGAACAUGAAGCCAAUCCAAAUCUACAACGGGCCACCUGGCACAGGGCCAAAUCCUUGGAAAGUCAUAAUCAUCCUCAUCGAGCUUAGCCUCCCCUGGGAAACUAUCUGGAUCCCAUACAAAGAGAUCAAGCAGGCCCCGUACACGGACCUCAACCCCAAUGGCCGUCUGCCAGUAAUGAUUGAUCCCAGCACCGGGGUCACACUUUUCGAAUCUGGUGCGAUUAUUCAAUAUUUAAUUUCACUUUAUGAUACGAAACACACCAUCAGCUACGGUGACGACAAAGUUGAGGAGAAAUGGCUGCUCAACAGCUGGCUCAUGUUCCAGAUGAGCGGCCAAGGUCCUAUGCUCGGCCAGAAGAUGUGGUUCACUCACUUCCACCAGAAGAGAAAUGUCACGACAGCCAUUGAUCGCUACGCCAACGAGGCGAAAAGAAUUGUUGGGGUCAUUGAUUCACACCUUAGCAAGCAGAGGCAAGCACGCAAAAUUCCCGACGCGGAGCCUGUCUGGCUUGUAGGAGACAAAUGCACCUACGCGGACCUGUCGUUCGUGCCUUGGGAUAUGCUGCUGCUUUCAAGCUUAUUUCCCGAAGGCGACUUCGAUCCUGAAGAGUUUCCCGAGUUCUACAGGUGGCACAAGAACGCAAUCGACCGUCCUGCGGUACGUGAAGCACUCCGGCAAAAGGAGCAUGCCAACGCGUCUAUGGAGAAUACCGCUGCGGCCGUGCUGCCUGAACGCGAAGAUUGA